GCGGCAUGUUGGAUCUGGUAUCGCUGUUUCCACAGCAACACAUAUUAAAUUGCAGCUGGACUUUAGACAGGUGGAGGCACAGGUGACGUUAGUAACAGAGCACACUCUUUUUUCCAGGAAGGAAGCGCAACAGCUUUAGAAAUGGCUAAAUUCUUUACACCAGCUCAAAUCAGCGAGUUCAAAGAAUGCUUCUCCUUGUACGACAAAAAACAGAAGGGUAAAAUCGAGUCAAAAGAUCUGAUCACAGUGAUGCGCUGCCUGGGAACAAGCCCCACGCAUGGCGAAAUAGAAAGGCAUCUUCAAGUCCAGAAAAUCGGAAAGAAAGGCGAGGUAGACUUCUCUACCUUCCUGAUCAUGAUGCACAGGCAGAUGCAGCAGGAAGACCCGAAGAAUGAAAUCCUGGAGGCCUUUAGGAUGACGGACAAGCAGAAGACAGGACAGAUCCAGGCAGCUGAGCUACGGGCCAAGCUGACCACCUUAGGAGAGAAACUCACAGACAAAGAAGUGAAUGACCUCUUCAAAGAAGCAAAUGUCAAGUCAAACGGCAUCAUUAACUAUGAAGCGUUUACUCAAAUGGUGACACUGCCACCAGUCGAUUAUUGAUGAGUUCAGGUAAAAAAAUUUUUAAUAAAAACAAAGGGAAAGUGGUUUAAAUUGAACUGGAGACACAAUAAACUUGAGUUUUGCAAAUUGUAGAAAUCCUAACUAUUUAGUGCUUCAGUCGGAGGCCCUUGAUCAAAUCAAAAGAUAUUAUUCACCUUAACACUUGAGUAUUUUCUUCAUGAAUUAGCACUGCAUGCAGUAGUAUACAUCAUGAUAUUAUCAUGCUAAUCUAAAUUAAUAUGCUUAAAUUUUGUUUAUGAAUCUGUAAUUUAAAACUUUGGGAUCAGACAUUUGUAAUUGUACCCUUAAAUUUGUAAUUUGAAAAGAACACAGUUUUCCUUAAUUCAUUCGACGCAUUUGUGUUCAGAACUUGUAUUUAUUUACCUAAGCCCAGUCUGUAUAAAAAAAAAAAUGUAAUAAAACAAUAUUAAUACU